GACUUGGUCACAGUCCGACAUAAAAGCAGAACACAGGCACAGAGUUUGGGACACUGACACAUCAUUCCACAAGCAUGGAGGAGCAUCGCCACCACUCCACCCUCUCACCCUCAAACUCAAUGCUCGUACCCUAUGCCCACCGCCACCUCGCCGUCUCCUCCCCCUCCCGUUUCAGGAUCCCCCGUGGCUGGGGAGUCGAGGAGGUGCCCCGCCACGACGGCACCCGCUCCGACAUGUAUUACUACGAACCAGGGACUGGAAGAAAAUUCAGGUCCAUCAGAGAAGUUCAGAGAUAUCUGAAUGGGGACUCGUAUCCCUGUAGAUCCACCAGGAAACUAUCUCUCCGUAGUCAUGUUGAGAGUUCUGGGUAUCGGAGGAUGCUUUUUUCUGGUGAAAAGAGUUCCCGGUGUCGAAGGAUGAUAGUUUCUGGUGGAAAGUUGUUGAGAUUGGACAACGAACUAAGCCAAAGUCAUUUAGCCGUUACGGCUUCCCAGAGGGCUGCUCCGGCUGCACCCUUUGUCCUUCCUGAUGGUUGGAUUGUGGAGGAGGUGCCCCGUAAGUACGAUCACUGGACUGACAAGUAUUACUAUGAGCCUCAUACUGGACAGAAGUUCCGAUCCCUGGUUGCCGUCGAGAGGUACUUGACGGAAUUGGAAGAAAAUGAACCCUUAUCCAAGGCUCUAGAAGAAAUAAAGGAAAAUAAGCCCCUCUCCAAGAUUUUUAAACUCGAGAAUCAUGCAAAGCACUCGAGCCCAAGGAAGAAAAAUAUCUCCAGGGAGAAUACUCAAGCUUCGUCUUUCGUUAGUCCGCCGAUGAAAGUCAAUUGGGUUCUUGCUAGUUCACGAGGAGAUGCAUGGAACCCCUUCAUCUCUGAGGCGUUGGUACCAGACUCUAUUAAGCAGCAAUGGAGUAAUAGAUUCAUGCUAUUCAUGAACGACGGAUGCGGUAAUUUUCAAAGUUCCUGAGAAUAGAGGUAAAAUUGUCAGUGGCUACCCUGAAGACGACAAUUGAGGAUACAUAAUGCUAGAGCUCUAGCUGAUGAUGGUUUGUGUACCGCUGCCGAUGUUGUAGUCUACCUUAACGAUUUGUGUUGUACAUUCCUGAAGACUCCUGCGAUUUCUGUUGUAGUAACCAUGUAAAUGCCCCUCUUCGGUCCCUCUUUAAUUGCUCUAAUAGUUGGGUAGCUAUGAACUUGGUAAUGUUUGCGGUUGUAGUUCAGAAUGGUUCUCUAUGUAAAACGGAUCGCUAUGUCAAUUUAAAUU